AUGGCCGACCUCCUGAAAGCGGCGACCGGUGCGAACCCCGUGAGCCGCAUCGCUGAAGGCACGGGCAAGGGCGGCCUGCCCGUGCUCAUCCUCACGCACGGCAGCGGCGCCGUCUGCGAGGUCUACCCGCACGGCGCCACCGUGACGAAAUACACGAGCCCGACGGGCGCCGAGGUGCUGUGGACGUCGGAGUCCGCCGUCUUCGACGGGGCCAAGGCCAUCCGCGGCGGCAUCCCCGUCGUCUUCCCCCAGUUCGGCCCGGCCGCGGACGCGAGGGUCGGCGGGCCGGGGACGAUGGCGCAGCACGGCUUCGCGCGCACGGCGGCCUGGACCGUCGACGCCGCGGGCACGAAGAUCCUCGACAGCGGCGACCCCCAGGCCGUGCUGACGCUCGCCGACAGCGCCGCGACGCGCGCGCUCUGGCCCCACGCGUUCGCGUGCUCCUACACGGUCGUGCUCCAGGCCGCCGCGCUCCACUGCGAGCUGAAGAUCACGAACCGCGACGGGCCCGAGGCGCCGCCGUUCUCGCCCCAGUGCCUGCUGCACACGUACCUCGCCGUCGACGACGUCCAGCGCGCCAUGGUCCACGGCCUCGACGGGGCCAAAUACGUCGACAAGCUCGCGGCCGAGCCCGAGCCCCGCGACGAGUCGAACCCGGCGAUCCGCUUCCGCGGCGAGACGGACCGCGUCUACCUCGGGUCGUCGCGCGAGUCCCAGCCGCUCACGCUGCGGCCGUCGGGGUCGCGGCUCGACUGCCACGCGGUCCUGCUCGACGCCGCGGACACGAUCACGGCCGAGUUCGACGCGGACGUCGUCGUCUGGAACCCGCACGUGGACAAGGCCGCGCGCAUGGGCGACUUCGACGACGACGGCUGGACGAAGAUGUGCUGCCUCGAGCCCGGCGUCGUCGCCGCGGACCGGCCGUCCGUGGACACGAACGGGAGCCUCGUCCUCUCCCAGACCAUCUCGCCGGAGCUCUAG